AUGGGCCAGUCGCUGCCCACAUUCCCCCCAUCCCCUGGGACCGCGGGGACCACGCCGGCCAUCAGCUCCACCACAGGGGGAUUCUGGUCCAGCUUCACCCGCAGCUUCUCUGCCAGCGAUUAUGAUGAUCCAAUUAGGGAGCUUUUCCAGGUGACCCUGACGCGGCACCGCUCCCUGCGAAAGUCUCUGCGGGACCGCGGGCAGCCCUGCCACUUCUGGAAAGCCCACAGGCUCGACAUGGUGCAGUACAGCGAGGACUGCGCUGCCUUCGCAGAGACCAACGAGCCCCUCAUCAACUACCUGGACAUGGAGUAUUUCGGGCAGAUUUCCAUCGGGACCCCCCCCCAGAACUUCACCGUGAUAUUCGACACGGGCUCCUCCAACCUCUGGGUACCGUCUGUCUACUGCGUCAGCAAAGCCUGCGCUGAGCACGCCAAGUUUCAUCCGUCAGAGUCCAGCACGUACCAGGCGAUAGGGACCCCCUUCUCCAUCCAGUAUGGGACCGGCAGUUUGACGGGGGUCAUCGGAUCUGACCAAGUAGUUGUCGAGGGCCUCACCGUGAGCAACCAGCAGUUUGCCGAGAGCGUCAGCGAGCCAGGAAAAGCCUUCCUGGACGCCGAGUUUGAUGGGAUCCUGGGGCUGGCUUACCCCUCCCUGGCUGUGGAUGGGGUCACCCCCGUCUUCGACAACAUGAUGGCACAAAAUCUGGUGGAGCUGCCCAUGUUCUCGGUCUAUAUGAGCACGAACCCCGAAUCCUCCCUGGGAGGAGAGCUGCUCUUUGGUGGCUUUGACCCCUCCCGCUUCACGGGGACCCUGAACUGGGUGCCAGUCACCCAACAAGGGUACUGGCAGAUCCAGCUGGACAACAUCCAGCUGGGUGGGACAGUGGCUUUCUGCGUGAACGGCUGCCAGGCCAUCGUGGACACCGGGACGUCGCUCAUCACGGGUCCCACCAAGGAUAUAAAAGAAUUGCAGAGCUCUAUUGGUGCCACGCCAGUGGACGGAGAGUACGCCGUGGAGUGCAGCAACCUCAACGUGAUGCCUGACGUGACCUUCACCAUCAACGGGCUCCCCUACACGCUCAGCGCCCAGGCCUACACCCUCAUGGAGUCCAGCGACGGCAUGACCUUCUGCACCAGCGGCUUCCAGGGGAUGGACAUCGCCCCCCCCGCCGGACCCCUCUGGAUUUUGGGCGAUGUUUUCAUCCGUCGGUUUUACUCCGUCUUUGACCGUGGAAAUAACAGGGUGGGGUUGGCCCCCGCCGUCCCUUAG